AUGAGGCGCGUGGGGCUCCUCCACUUCCACGGCUUCCUCAACGCCCUCGCCUCCGACCCCAUGCCGCUGCAUGUUCAGUGGGUGUGCUCGCUGCACUUCCAGUGCUUCCUCACCAGCCUCGCCUCACAUGCCUUGCCUCUCCACAUUCAGCGCCUGCGCUGUCGAUGCAUGUUCCACGCCCUCACCUUCCUGCCAGCCGUCCAUGCCACCGCACAGCUGGCCAUCCAACGGCUACGAUCAGCCGCUGGGGUGCUGCCACGUGUGCAAGAGCAGUGGAUGGAUGGCGAGGAUGAAGCAGGGAAUCGCGGUGCUGGGAAUGGGGAAAAUCAGGGCAAAAAAUAUGAAAGAGAAAAGAUGGAAGGCCAGGUUGAGAGUCAGGUGAGAGCUCAGGUGAAAGGUCAGGUGAAUGACACAUCUGGGCAAGUGCAGUCAGACAUAGGCCAUGUGGGCCCUCGAGAGCCAGAGCCCCCAGCAGGCAUCCCUCGCUACGUGGCGGCUCACAUCCCCUUUGACGCCGUCUCAGCCGCCUACUCCCUCUGCUCCUUCACCGCUCGCCACCACCACAACGACUACCACAACCAAACCCAAGACCAGAACCAACACGACAAUCAGUACGAGCAGCAGGGCCAGGGCCAAGAGCGGGACGAGGCGGAGGAGGAGUUGGAGGAGGUGAGGGACAUCCGGCGCCUGCUGUUCCCCGUGCUGCACGCGUACGAGCAGCAGGGCCGCCUCAACGCCCCCGACUGGUACCGCCGCAUCGGCCGCUGCCCCGUCGCCCCUGAGGAGGCGGCGCUGGUGCUGGCCGGCAUGGGCGUGGGGAGAAUGCGCCCGCUGUUCCUCGUAGGGGUGUCCGCUGAGCCGUGCAGUCUGGUGCUUGGGGGUGAAUCGGUGCUGAGCGGUGGGGAUGGUGGGAUGCAGGGUGGGAGGGAGGAAGAGUGGCGGGAGGAGGAGGGGUGGCGAGGGGCUGCGUGGGAGCAGGAGGAGCAGGAGGGGCGGAUGAGGGCGCAGCAGGAGCAGCAGCUGAGGGGGCCGGGCAGGCGGUGGUUCAACGGGUGCCGGCGGUUGGAGGCAGUGCGAGCGCUCUUCCCCUUCCUCUUGUCCAUCGAUACCCUCCUCUCCCCUCUCGAGAUCGCCCCCUACUCCCACUCGCCUCUCCUAAUCACCGCCCUUGAAACCAUUGUGGCCAGCGAAUCAGAUCUCUUCCUUGCCGCGGACGGCAGCAGCCAGCUGGCAGCGCUCGUGGCCGGGCGGCGCAUGUACUUCGGAUCCAGAUCUGACAAAAAAUCUGGUUACCAGCAUGGUUACAGGCCGUCUGUGCGUAUCAACCGCGCACAGCUGGCGGAGGAUCUGGGCGGCGGGAAAGAUUUGCGGGCGGGGGAAGAGUGGAUUGGGGAUGCGGAGGAGAGGAUAAUGGAGUGGGAGGAGGUGGAGGAGCGGGUGAGGGCGAUGGUGGGGGAGAGCAAGAGUGUGAGGAAGCGGAGGGUGUCUCGGAGUGUGUACAGGCAUCCUCGCGACGAGGCAUGCAUGUGCUUUGGGGAGGGGGGGAAGAGAGGCGAGGAGGUGGGGAGUGAGGAGUGGGGAGGUACUGGAGAAGAGAGGGGAAGGAAGAAGAAGCUGCAAGGGAGGGAGGUGAGGGGAGGGGGGUUAGGCAGGGCAGAUGUGGGAAGAAGUGGUGAUACUGGGUCUGGCAAGGGGUUGGAUGAUGGAGGGAGGUGGGAAGAGAAGGGGGAAAUAAGGGCAAAGAGGAGAGUGGGUAAGGAUGGGGGAAGCAAUGGGCCUGCCAAGAGGCAAAGGCUUCGAGGUGUGGUUGGGGGACGAGGGGUGAGUGUUGGUGUGGAUGAUGAUGAUGAGGAGGAUGAAGGGGAGGAUGGGGUUGAGUCUGGUGAAAGCAACAUGGAUAGGGAUGAAGAGGAAAGGGAAGUGGAAAGGACAAUAAGACUUCAUGCGAAUGGCUUCAUUCUCCCCGUUCUUGCCUCCCUCCCCUCGGAGCCUGUACGACUUUGGCAGCAACCUGCUCACCCUCAUGCUGAGGGAUUUUUUAGGCGCCUCAAGGAUGAGGGUGAGGCGGCCUCAAGGACCUUCUUGCCUCCCUCCCCUCGGAGCCUCCGCCCACCUCUCCCUCCGCUCCCAUCAAUGCAUGUACGACUCGGCAGCAUGCUGACGCGCGUGCUGAGCGGCGGCGACAUGUCGAGCUUGCCUACCGUCUCGGCCCAGGUGUCUCUCCAACGUUUCAAGCCCCCCUCUCUCCUCCACCACCCCCCGCCUCUCUUACCUCCCUCCCUUCAGAGCCUGUACGACCUGGGCAGCAAUCUGCUCACGCGCGUGCUGAGCGGCGGCGACAUGUCGGGCAUGCCCACAGCGUCUGGCGAGGUGUCGGACCUCGUCGGCCGCCCGCUCUUCUUCGCCCUCCACAACUGGUUCCUCGAGCUAGGAGGCGUGUACCGUCUCGCCUUCGGCCCCAAGGCCUUCGUGGUCAUCUCUGACCCAGUCGUUGCGCGCCACGUGCUCAAAGAGAACCCCUUCGCCUAUGACAAGGGCAUGCUGGCGGAGCUGCUGGAGCCCAUCAUGGGCAAGGGGCUCAUUCCCGCUGACUUUGACACGUGGAAGCAGCGCAGACGAGCCAUCGUGCCGGGCUUCCAUGCAGCAUAUCUGGAGGCCAUGGCGCUGGUGUUCUCAGAGUGCUCCAAGCGAUCGGUGGACAAGCUGCAAGCGCUCUGCGACCAGGCUGGAGCCGCCGCGGGGGGUGAGGGCGUGCGCAUGGACAUGGAGUCGGAGUAUUCGUCCAUAGCGCUGGACAUCAUUGGCAUCUCCGUGUUCAACUAUGACUUUGGGUCCGUGACGCGCGAGUCGCCCGUCAUCAAGGCCGUGUAUGGGACACUGUCGGAGGCCGAGCACCGCGCUACGUUCUACAUCCCCUACUGGAACAUCCCCUUUAUAAGCCUGGUGGUGCCGCGGCAGAUGAAGUUCCAGCAGGACCUCAAGGUGAUCAACGACUGCCUCGACGACCUCAUCACCCGCGCCCGCGCCACCCGCCAGGAGGACGAUCUAGAGGCGCUGCAGCAGAGGGACUACAGCAAGGUGCGGGACGCGAGUCUGCUGCGCUUCCUGGUGGACCUGCGCGGGGAGGACUGUGACGACAAGCAGCUGAGGGACGACCUCAUGACCAUGCUGGUGGCCGGGCACGAGACCACCGCUGCCGUGCUCACCUGGGCUACUUACAUGCUCUCUCAGCACCCGCGUGUGCUGGCGAGGCUACAGGAGGAGGUGGACGCAGUGCUGGGCGACCGGCUGGCCACGCUGCAAGACAUCAAGUCCCUCGAGUACACCCGCCUGGUGGUAUCAGAGGCUCUCAGGCUCUACCCCCAACCGCCGCUGCUCAUUCGCCGUGCGCUGGCCAAUGACCAUCUGCCAUCUGGGUACAAGGGCAAUCCCGAGGGCUACAACCUUCCCAAGGGCACCGACCUCUUUGUCUCUGUGUUCAAUAUCAACCGUUCGCCGCACUAUUGGGAGAAUCCGGAGGAGUUUCGGCCGGAGAGGUUCUUGGAGAGGAGGAGCGGCGACGGUAUCCCCGGGUGGGAUGGGUACGACCCUGACCGGCUGGCAGGGGCUCUCUACCCCAACGAGAAUAGGCGUACACUCCCACACUCCCCACCACUCCUUCCUUCCCUCCAGGUGGUCUCUGAUUUCGCCUUCCUCCCUUUUGGUGGCGGCCCGCGCAAGUGUGUGGGCGACCAGUUCGCGCUGAUGGAGUCCACAGUGGCGCUCGCCAUGAUCCUCCGCCGCUUCAACGUGCGCCUCGACGGGCCGCCGGAGGACACCGAGAUGGUCAUGGGAGCCACCAUGCACACCAAGUCCGGGCUCUGUCAAGCGAACACGCCUGUGGCACAGGCGACGGCAUGUCAAGGGAGCGUGUCUGCGGCACGGAAGGUGGAAUAUCAAGCGAACGCACCUGCGGCACUGGGGAUGGCAUGUCGAGUGAGGGCGUCUGCAGCAUCGGAGAUGGGAUGUCGUCAAGAGGUCGCGCUCGGGGAGCAGCUGUCCAGCCGGCGAGCAAUGGAGUGUAUGCUGCUGCAUGCACUCUCUGCUGCCCUCACAUUCUCGGCUGUCCUCACACUCAGCAAGGGAGCGCGAGAGAGCCAGUGCCAGCGCAGCAUUGGUGAGAAGCUGGUCGUUGAGAGGCGUGGCUGGGAGGCAGGAGAGCGAGCGGCGAUGCACUCCCACAGGGCGACGCAUGCGCGGUUGGGUCGGUGGCGACGGGGAGAGAAUGGGCGUAUUGGGAGGGGAGCGAAGGCCCGAUCUGGGAGGCGGGUUGUCUACGGGAGAAGGGAGGAUCGCAACCUUCUUGCUGCUUCUGCUGCUGCUGCUGCUGCUGCUGCUGCUGCUGCUGCUGCUGCUGCUGCUGCUGCUGCUGCUGCUUGCUAG